AUGUAUCAGGAUACUGAUUUACACAACAUCUCACAAGAAGACUGUUGGACUGUGAUUUCAUCGUUUUUUCAUGAUAAAGGACUUGUGAGACAACAAUUAGAUUCAUUUGAUGAAUUUGUACAAAAUACUAUGCAAGAAAUAGUUGAUGAGAAUAAAAAUCUUGUUUUACAAACUGUUUCAGGAAAUAGCUCUGAAGGAGAUAAAGCUAGACGCUUUUAUAUAAGAUUUGGUCAAGUAUAUCUUUCAAGACCUACAAUGACUGAAGCUGAUGGUAGUGUUCAAGCAAUGUUUCCACAAGAAGCUCGUUUAAGAAAUUUAACGUAUGCUGCACCCAUUUAUGUUAAUAUGAAAGAAGAAAUAAUCUAUGCUGAUCCAAAAGAUCCCAAGAAUGCUGGUAAGACAUCAUUAAAUGAAAUGUUUAAUGAAAGUGAUUUGAGAACUGAUUUAGAUGAAAAUUCUUAUGAUAAGGUUUUUAUUGGAAAGAUUCCAGUAAUGUUGAAAUCAACAUUUUGUGUAUUACAUGGUUUAAAGGAUAAAAGUCUUUAUGCAUUGAAUGAGUGUCCUUAUGAUCAGGGUGGAUAUUUUAUAAUUAAUGGCUCGGAGAAGGUAUUAAUUGCACAAGAAAGAAUGGCUACAAAUACCGUCUAUGUAUUUUCAAAAGCACCACCUUCACCUUAUUCUUUCACAGCUGAAAUAAGAAGUGCUAUGGAAAAGGGUUCAAAAUUGGCAAGUUCUUUGGUGAUAAAACUUUUAGCAAAAACUGCCGAAAAAGGAGCAACAGGACAAUUUAUACAUGCCACAAUGCCAUACAUUAAAAAAGAUGUGCCAAUAGUGAUUGCUUUUCGUGCCCUUGGUGCUGUUUCAGAUCAAGAUUUUUUAUCAUUUGUUUGUUAUGAUUUUAAUGACAAUGAGAUGUUGGAAGCUUUAAAACCUUGUAUAGAAGAAUCUUUCACAGUCCAAAAUUCAGAUGUUGCAGCUGAUUGGAUUGGUCGUCGAGGAACAGCUGGCAAUUUGUCAAGAGAUAAACGUAUAAAAUAUGCUAAAGAGAUACUUCAAAAAGAAUUGUUGCCGCAUGUAUCCACAGAUUAUGGAUGUGAGAAAAGGAAAGCUUUCUUUCUUGGUUACAUGGUUCAUAGACUUUUACUUGCUGCUCUUGGAAGACGUGAAUUGGAUGAUCGUGAUCAUUAUGGUAAAAAAAGAAUGGAUCUUGCUGGCCCUCUUUUGGCUUCUUUAUUCAGAAUGCUGUUCAAAAAACUUACAAAAGAUGUUUCUUUAUAUCUUAGAAAGUGUAUAGAUUCAAAUCGGGAAUUCAAUUUAAAUCUGGCCAUUAAGGCACAAACAAUCACAAAUGGUUUAAAGUAUUCUCUUGCUACAGGUAAUUGGGGUGAUCAAAAGAAAGCUAUGCAGUCUCGAGCAGGUGUAUCACAGGUGCUUAAUAGAUACACUUUUGCAUCCACAUUAUCACAUUUAAGAAGAUGCAAUACACCGAUGGGAAGAGAUGGGAAAAUAGCAAAGCCCCGUCAAUUACACAAUACUCAUUGGGGUAUGGUAUGCCCUGCUGAGACACCUGAAGGUCAAGCUUGUGGUCUUGUUAAAAACCUUUCUCUAAUGUCCUACAUAUCUGUUGGAAGCUCUUCAAAACCAAUAAUCGACUUCUUGGAGGAAUAUGGAAUGAUCAAUCUGAAUCAACAAUUUGAUCCUUCAAACAUUAAAGACAAUACAAAAAUUUUUGUUAAUGGUAAAUGGGCUGGCGUGUCUUCUUCGCCUGAAACUUUAGCCAACACUUUGAAAAAUUUGAGACGUACUGUUGAUGUAAAUCCUGAAGUUAGUGUUGUAAGAGAUAUACGUGAAAAUGAGUUGAGAAUUUAUACUGAUGCUGGAAGAGUUUGUCGUCCUUUAUUUAUAGUGGAAAAUGAAUGUUUAAAUAUAACCAAAGCUCAUAUACAACGAUUAGAUGUAUACAAAAUGGUAAGGGCUAGUUUACGUCAUGUUUAUGAAGAGUUAUCAGGAUCAAGGAAAAGAAAGAAAAGGAAUGUCACUUAUACAUGGCAAGAUUUAAUAUCCAAUCGAUUGAUAGAAUAUAUUGAUGCAGAAGAAGAAGAAACAAUUAUGAUUUGCAUGACACCUGAUGAUAUAGCAGAUUCAAGGAAAGCUAAUAUGGUUUUUGAAGAAUCUGAAACUGCUGCCGCUGCUAAUGCUAUGACAAAUGAUGUUUCAGCUCGUGUCAAGAGCAAGUCACAUCAAUCGAUACACACAUGGACUCAUUGUGAAAUUCAUCCUAGUAUGAUAUUAGGAAUUUGUGCAAGUCUUAUUCCAUUUCCUGAUCAUAAUCAAUCACCACGUAACACCUAUCAAUCUGCUAUGGGUAAACAAGCUAUGGGUAUAUACGUGACAAAUUAUCAAUUGAGAAUGGAUACUUUGGCAAAUAUUUUAUAUUAUCCACAAAAGCCUUUGGUAACGACUAGAUCCAUGGAAUUCUUAAGAUUCCGUGAAUUGCCAGCUGGACAAAAUGCCAUGGUUGCAAUCCUUUGUUAUAGUGGAUACAAUCAAGAAGAUUCAAUCAUUAUGAAUCAAAGUAGUAUUGACAGAGGAUUGUUUAGAAGUAUUUUUUAUAGAAGUUAUAUGGAUCAAGAAAAGAAAGUGGGAAUAAUAUCAUUAGAAGAGUUUCAAAAACCCACAAAAGAAACUACCCUUAGAUUGAAACAUGGAACAUAUGAGAAAUUAGAAGAUGAUGGAUUGAUUGCACCUGGAACUAGAGUGUCUGGUGAUGAUAUAAUUAUUGGCAAAGUUACACCAAUUGCAUCAGAUGUAAUUGAAUUAGGACAAAGAACAGCUAGACAUAUCCAACGAGAUGCUUCUACACCUAUGAGAAGCACUGAAACUGGUAUUGUUGAUCAGGUUAUGGUCACAACAAAUGCUGAAGGAUUAAAAUUUGUUAAAGUAAGAGUAAGGAGUACUAGGGUGCCACAAAUGGGAGAUAAAUUUGCUAGUAGACAUGGUCAGAAGGGUACGAUUGGUAUAACAUAUCGACAAGAAGAUAUGCCAUUUACAGCUGAAGGUAUUACACCUGAUAUUAUUAUAAACCCACAUGCCAUUCCUAGUCGUAUGACAAUCGGGCAUUUAGUUGAAUGUGAUGCAACACCAUUUACUGAUGUAACAGUUGAAGCCAUAUCACAAAGUUUAAGGAGUCAUGGAUAUCAAGGUCGUGGAUUUGAAGUCAUGUAUAAUGCUCAUACAGGUCGUAAAUUGGCAGCACAAAUAUUCAUAGGUCCAACAUAUUAUCAACGGCUAAAACAUAUGGUGGAUGAUAAGAUUCAUUCAAGAGCAAGGGGGCCUGUACAAAUUCUUACAAGACAACCUGUAGAAGGACGUAGUCGUGACGGAGGUUUACGUUUUGGUGAAAUGGAACGUGAUUGUAUGAUAUCUCAUGGUACAGCUAUGUUCUUGAAGGAACGUCUAUUCGAUGCAUCGGAUGCUUAUCGUAUCCAUGCUUGUGAUAUCUGUGGAUUAAUGGCAAUUGCAAAUCUUAAAAAAAAUACAUUCCAAUGUAAAUCAUGUAAAAACACUACGCAGAUAUCUCAAAUACAUAUUCCAUAUGCUUCAUAUGUGAUGAAACUUACACCUGAACUCAUUGAACGUUCACCAUCUUACAUCAAUACUGUAAAAGAUCGCGAAUUAAACCUACGAGGUAAUAAAAUUCCUUCUAUAGAAAAUCUUGGCGUGUCAAAGGACUUAAAUGACGCAAUUGAUCUAAUAGACAAUGACAUUCGCAUAUUGGGUAAUUUCCCAUUAUUAUGUCGUGUUUGUACACUAUUAUUAAUCAAUAAUCGAAUUAAUCGACUGGAUCCACAACUAUUUGAAUUUCUACCCAACCUUACUACUUUAGUUUUAACAAACAACAAUAUAAUGGAAUUACCUGAUUUGCAACCAUUAAGUGGAUUUAAAAGAUUACAAUAUAUAAGUUUACUGGAUAACCCAGUAACCAGGAAACAAUGGUAUCGAAGUUGGGUGAUUUGGAAGAUCCCUAGUAUUAGAGUUAUAGAUUUCAAAAGAGUUCGUGAUAUGGAACGUAAAGAAGCCAAAAAAUUAUUUGAAACAACAAAAGGUGAACCAACCUCACUUGCAAAAUCUAUAUCAGAAACAAAUUCAAAAAUUAUUGAACCUGGUGAAGAAGAACAAGCUCAGAUAAAGGCCAUUCGUAAUGCCAAAACUUUGGAAGAAGUUGCCCGUCUUGAAAAAUUGUUACAAUCUGGUCAUAUUCCCGGUUCAAAUAAACCUUCUGCUAACAAUGAUGUAAAACAAAGUGGAAAUGAUGAUAAUGAAAUGAAAGAAUAG